AUGUGUUUGUGGUGCUACUGCAUUGCAGUGCUGCUCGCUCUUCUUUCAACUGUCAGUGCUGUACCGGAAUCUACUCCUAUUGAAAUAAGCUCUCCCAAGUCACCCCUCUCCGUUACCAGCCUAGGCCGCGAUGAUCCUCACGCGAGACUGCUGAGGGCUGUCGAUGACGAGGAGAGAGCCAUUACUUUUCCCGGCAACUCGAGGCUUGUCAAGUGGCUGAGUCCGUCGACAGAGGCCAAACUCCCCCGCGCUGACAAACUGAACGUGAAAAAGUGGGUUAAGAACCACGACGAGAUGGACGACGUCUUCGCGCGACUGGAGCUCAAUGCUGGAGUGGAAAAGGUGCUGUCCAACCCCAAGCUCAACACCUACGCCGCCUACAUCGACCGCUUCAACAAGCAGAACCCGUCCAACAAGGUGAAGAUGAUCGACAUGUUCACCAAGACCUACCAAGUGGACAAACUGGCCGCGGCACUCGAGAGGGCAGGAAACGUCCCAAGCACGAGCAAAAUAUCGUACCGAUUGCGGAGGGAACUAAUCGACUCUUGGGAGUCCGCGGCAGAAUCCUCAGAUGACGUUUUCAAGAUGCUCAAGCUCGACGAGGCCGGGAUCAAGCUCUUUGUGUCGCCGCAGUUGAACACAUGGUAUUCCUAUGUGAGAAUGACCUAUACGAUCAAACCGAAAGAGGAAAUGAUCAGGGUGUUGACAGAUAAAUACGGCUACGAUGGGCUAUCAAAGAUCUUCCUUGCUUCGACGCCCCGAGUUUCACGAAUGAGGGACAUUGCUCUGGAGCUGGAGACCGCAAUGGGCAAAAUGUGGGGGAAAACCCCUGAGCACAUUUUCAAGCUGUUGAAACUGGACGCCGGAGUGGACACACUGCUGACCAACCCGAACGUGAAGACGCUGAGCGGCUACAUUGAGCGAUACAACUUGAAGAAUCCUGACCAACACACGACCUGGAUGGAGCUAUUCACGAAAUUCUAUGGUACCAAGGCUAUGUGGAACAUGAUAGAAAAGGCGAAAAAUGUGCAGCAGACGAAAGCCAUUGCGGCGAAAUGGCAGCCUCAGUUGAGUAGGCAGAUCCUGCUGGAGAAGGGCAUGACACCCGCGGACUUCUUCAAGCGUAUGGACCUUGAUGGAGGAGUGGAGAAGCUUCUGACCAGCCCGAACGUCCAGUCGCUGCGUGACUACGUGGAUCUGUUCAACCUCAAGAAUCCUGAACAGAAGACGACUGUGAUGGGGGUAUUCACGAAGUUCUAUGGAGUCAAAGCUGUUUCGGACAUGCUGGAGGCGGCUAAGAAGGUGUCAAGCACGGAUGACAUAGCGAAUGCAUGGAUCAAAGAGCUGAGGAGUGUAAGGUUGAGAGCUGGGAACAUCAAGAUUACACAAUAG